GGACGGAAGUCAGCGUCGCUGCGUCCCGGAAGAUGGCGGCGCCCAUGAGUGCGGGAGUGUCAGGCGUGCGCGGCCGCCGGCGGCGAGCGGCCGGUAGUAAGCGCGGAGGCGGGCGCGGGGGCGGCGGAGAGGGGGCCCUGAAGCGGCUGAAGCUGGCGGUGGAGGAGUUCGUGCAGGCGACCUCCGAGGAAGGGGCCCCCGGGGGCCGCGAGGGGCCCCGGGCGGGGGGGCGCGUGCGUCCCGGCGGGAGGAAGAGCCGCAGGGAGCUGAGGAAGGAGAAGCGACACCUGAGGAAGGCGCGCCGGCUUCAGAGGACCGGAGGCCCCGCGCACGGCCCAGGCCCGGGCGGCGGAGCCAGGGUAGCGAGCGAUCCCCGGGCAGAGGGGGAGGGCGUCCGGCCGCCCCCACGUCGGGCCCCGCGGCCGCCCGCGGCGCCGCCACCUCCCCCGGCCGAGGCCGCCCCGGCCCUCGCCCGGGCCAGGGGGUCCCCCGGGAGGACCGGGCCCUCGGCAGCCGCGGCCGCCGCCGCUCGGAAGCGGGCGCUCCUGGCCGCCAACGAGGAGGAGGACCGCGAGAUCCGAAGGCUGGAGCGCCGCCUCGGCCUGAGCAAGCGCAGAAGGAAGGGCGACGCCAGCUCCGUGCCGCUUAGCUUCGCCCGCGACGGACUCGACUACCUCCUGGGAGCCCUGGGGUCGGGGGACGGCAGCGGCUUGUGCGACAGCAGCGGCGACGAGGAGGCGGAGGGCGCCGCCCGGACGCUGCCCGAGAGCGACUUGGGGAGCGACUCGGAGGACGAGUGGGGGGAGGAGGACGAGCCGCCGGUAGAAGCGGGAGCGCGGAGCGAGGAGGAGGAGGAGGAAGCACAGGAAGAAAAGCGAGACGCCGAGGAAGCGGGAGGGACAGCGAAGGAGAAGAGGCGGGGGAAGAGAGUCCGCUUCGCAGAGGAGGAAGAAAGGAGUGAAAAUGCCUCGGAGGGCGUGGGCACAGCGCCUCAGCAGAGUCUUUGUGAAAAUGGUGACAAGUACAUCCCACCUUGUAUGAGGCGGACCGAGGAGACAGUGGAUGCCCAGAAAAGGGAAGAGCAGGAACGGCUAAAGAGGCAGGUCCAAGGCUUAAUUAACAGGUUGAGUGAGCCCAACAUGGCCUCCAUAAGUGGACAGCUGGAGGAGCUGUACAUGGCGCACAGCAGGAAGGACAUGAACGACACACUGACGGGCAUCCUCAUGAGCGCCUGCGCCCCGGGCAUGGCCGUGCCCAGCCGGCUGGUGAUGGAGCAUGUACUCUUGAUCAGCGUUCUUCACCGCACAGUGGGGAUCGAGGUCGGAGCUCACUUCCUGGAGGCCGUGGUGAGGAAAUUUGACGACGUCUAUAAAAACGGAAGUGAAGGGAAGGAGUGUGACAACCUGUUUACCAUCAUUGCCCAUUUGUAUAACUUCCACGUGGUACAGUCUCUCCUCAUCUUCGACGUUUUGAAAAAACUUAUUGGGACUUUCACAGAAAAAGAUAUUGAACUGAUCCUGCUGAUGCUGAAAAAUGUGGGCUUUUCACUGAGAAAAGAUGAUGCUCUGUCCCUUAAGGAGCUGAUCUCUGAGGCCCAGGCCAAAGCCAGCGGGGCGCACGGCCAGUUCCAGGACCAGACCAGGGUCCGCUUUAUGCUCGAGACGAUGCUGGCCCUGAAGAAUAAUGACAUGCGUAAGAUUCCGGGCUAUGAUCCCGAACCUGUGGAGAAACUGAGGAAGUUACAAAGAGCUUUGGUGCGCGGCGCUGGCUCGGGCCCGGAAACUCAGCUGCGUGUCUCCUGGGAGGGCAUCCUGAACGCCCAGCACACUGGGCGCUGGUGGAUUGUGGGGUCCGCCUGGAGCGGGGCCCCCAUGAUUGACAGCUCUCAGCAGAAGGUCCCGCCGAAGCAGCUGGCAGGCACGGUCAGCGCGAAGGUGCUGGAACUCGCCCGGAAGCAAAGGAUGAACACUGACGUCCGGAGGAACAUAUUCUGUACAAUAAUGACGAGUGAAGACUUUUUGGACGCAUUUGAGAAGCUUCUAAAGCUUGGACUUAAGGAUCAGCAGGAGAGGGAAAUCGUUCAUGUCCUGGUGGAUUGCUGCCUUCAAGAGAAAACGUACAACCCUUUCUACGCGUUCCUGGCUGCCAAGUUUUGUGACUAUGAAAGGAGGUUUCAGAUGACUUUCCAGUUCAGCAUAUGGGACAAAUUUCGGGACUUAGAAAAUUUGCCGGCCACUAAUUUUUCUAAUUUGGUCCGCCUGGUGGGCCACUUGCUGAAGACAAAAGCACUCCCUCUUUCCAUCUUAAAGGUGGUUGAAUUCAGUGAAUUGGACAAACCCAGAGUCCACUUUUUACGAAAAGUGUUAUAUAUGCUGUUAAUGGAAACAGAAGUUGAAGACCUUGGUUUAAUUUUUGCAAGGGUGUCGGACAACCCAAAGCUGGGCGUGCUACGAGAGGGCCUGGCGCUCUUCAUCAGACACUUCCUGUUAAAGAGCGAGCAGGCCGCCGGGAGUGCCGAGGACGCCAGCAUGCUGAGAGCGAGAGCCGACCUCACCACCAAGGCCCUGCAGGGCCGGGCUUCCCUGAGGAUGUAGGGGUGGUGGGGGCUGGGCUGCCAGGUGCCCGUUCAGCCUGGACUCUGCUGACCGUACGAACUUGGCGCAGCUACUUCAUGGUCUGCUGUAUUUAAAAUACUAUAAUAUAUUUUGAAAUAAUUUUGACCCAAGGUAAA